AUCUCAAGGAGCCACAAGAUAUGGAAGCCUCGACCGUAACCUUGCACGCACUAUCAGCAGGACACUUCACAUUACCUGAAUACCAAUUUGUGUCUCCGACAGUCGUUACGGCGCGCAAGACUGUCCCAUCACUUGCAUUCCUGAUUCAACAUCGCGAUGCUGCGACAGGGUAUCUGACCCGGAUUGUUUUUGAUUUGGGACUGAGAAAAGAUACCGAAAGAUACCCUACACCUAUUCAACAUCACAUGACAACAAGACAACCCAUGACGACCGAGCCAGACGUCGUCAGUAGUCUGGCCAAAGGAGGGUUGUUGUCGAGCGAUAUUGAUUAUAUCAUCUAUUCGCAUGGAGAUGUGCUGAAUGAGUUCGAGGUUCAUUGGGACCAUGUCGGUGAACCACACGCCUUCCUAACCUCAACCUUUAUCGUUGGACAUGGGACAUUCGCUCUCCUUGAUGGUACAACAGGAAAACCUCGUGGGAUCCAUUCAUUCUUUGAGCCUGAUCUACUGCCAGAAGAUCGAAGCGUUGAACUUUCUGAUCCAGAUGGAGAUUCACAGGAAGGGCCGUGGCAGCAAUCAUCAAGGCUGAAAGGUCUGGACACAACACCAACAUGGCAGCCAUACGAAAACAUGAGGAAAACAUACGACCUGUUCGGCGAUGGGAGUCUGUUAAUAGUAGACUCACCAGGACAUCUGCCUGGUCAUAUCAACAUGCUGGUCAGGACAGCCGAAGACCGGCUUGUCUAUCUGGCAGGAGAUGCUUUCCAUGACCGCAGACUUUUGACUGGAGAGAAGGAUAUCGGAACGUGGCACGAUGCCGAAGGACACGUCUGCUGUAUACAUACCAAUAAGGAAGCAGCAGCUGCUACCAUCAACCGCAUCAGAGAGCUCGAAGUCCAAGGCGUGGAAAUAAUUGCCGCUCAUGAUCCGGACUGGGAGAAGUUGAAUAGUCAUCGAUUCUUUGGCGCCAUU